AUGCGGUCUGGCUUCAAUAAACCCGGCGCACUCCCACUCCUCGCCCUGAUUGUGUUCUCGCUCCUCACGUUAGUGCCAUCGCUACCGAAUCUCUACAACUCCAAGUUUGCGGACUUCAGUUUCUACACCGGAGCAGCUCGCCAGGUCCCUCUUCUUAAAGACAGCGCAAACGAGGUACUACCUAAAACACACACUCUUAACGAGCCUCGCAAAUCAUGGGUUCUAGCAGCGUCACAUCGAUCACGAGGCAAUGGUCUCCCCCCUACUGCGCGCGUCGGAAAUGUCGCUGCGGUCCCGGCAAGCGAAACGACCGCCGUCGCAAAUAAAAGUCGACUUUCCUCUUUAGCCCGCGAAUCAUCGUUUUCGUUCAGUCGCAAGGCCCGCGCAUUCAGAACUUACUUUAUCCAGCAAUUAGACGAUUACCCAUUCCUCACGUCCUUCUCCAACCGCAGCCGAAAUGCGGACCCCACACAUCAAUAUCCUACCAUCACCAUCAACGAAUCUCUCCCCACUUCUUCCGACAACAAAUCCCUGAGUAUCCCGUCAUAUAAUCAUUCCUCCGAUAGCAGCGGCGACAGCAUCCAGCAGUCACAAUUGCCGUUCCAUGCCCCCCUCCGCGAUAUGUGUCAGCAGGCCUGCCAUGUCGGCAUAGAUUUUGCAAAGCGUGUGGGAUUCUACGGGGCCAAGUACACCAGGUUGAUCUUCCUCCCAGAGCAACCGACAGAGGCACCUGCAACAUUAAUACGCCACCUCACCAAUCCCAACCCUGUCGCGUCAAUACAAGAACCCCCCACCUCAGAGGAAGUACCAGCUCACCAAAAGGUUGGCGCUGAGGAUUCCACCGAUGCAGCCGCUGGUCGGCACUCGCAGGAGCUACACGGAAGCUGCAUGGCAGUCGUGAUAGGUCUUGUGGCGGGCAUCAUGUGGUUCUAG